AUGUGGACCUUUAGUCUUGGUUUAGUCAACGGWGAAAAUGGUUGCAAAKAUCURGUUUAUCUUCCCUGCCUCAAAAACAAGACCUUUACAGGUCACGUGAUCAACAGMUUUCGAAUCCUAGCUCCCGGUUUACAAGAAUGUCAGUCMAGAUGUUUUAAAGAAAAUAGGYCGUGUGUAUCGUACAACUUAGUUCCCGUGUGGGGACAGAUCAUGACUUGCGAGUUGAAUGACGUCGAUCACGUGACUCACCCAGGUGACGUAAUACCGCAAGAAGGUUCUCAAUACUGCCCAAUUAAGAAUCUGUGCUCGUCCAGUCCUUGCUCUGAAAAAAAGCAAUGUAUACCGGAUUUUUACAAUAAUAGUUUCAGCUGUUCAGAAGGCAUUUGGAGUCAGUGGGGUGUGUGGUGUAAAUGUCCAACCACUCGGUCCCGUGUGCGUACUUGUCGUAACCCCUUUACGAACGCUACGGAAACAGAUUGUCCUGGACCAAGUCAGGAAAGCAAUGAUGUCAUCAUGUAUGAAAAAGUACCUACAAGCUGUGCUGAUGCUUCACAAUGUGGCUGCAGAAUAAGCGGUGUCUAUAAUUUCAGCAAUAGCCUUAAAUUAUUUUGUGACCAAGAAACUAAUGGCGGUGGAUGGACAGUUAUCCAGAGAAGACAAGAUGGCUCACAAGACUUUUWUCUGGGAUGGMAAGACUAUAAGGUUGGYUUUGGUARUCUAACUGGAGAAUUCUGGUUGGGACUCGACAWGAUCCACCAACUGACCCAACAAAGUCGACACAGUCUUCGUGUUGAUCUGGAAGACACUGCCUAUGCUGAGUACGAUUAUUUUGCUGUGACUGACGAGGCUGGUUUGUACAGGUUGAGUCUUGGUAAAUACUCAGGGAAUGCGGGAGAUUCACUUACCCUUCAUCGUAAUCGAGCUUUUACGACUAGAGACAGGGAUCAUGAUUCGGAAUAUUACGCAAAUUGUGCUGUGGCGUUCACAGGAGCUUGGUGGUACGAAGCAUGUCACAAUUCCAACCUUAAUGGCCUUUACCUCAACGGUGCACAUCCGACCAAGAAAGGGAAAGGGAAUGCGGGAGAUUCACUUACCCUUCAUCGUAAUCAUGCUUUUACGACUAAAGACAGGGAUCAUGAUUCGGAAUAUUACGCAAAUUGUGCUGUGGCGUUCACAGGAGCUUGGUGGUACCAAGCAUGUCACAAUUCCAACCUUAAUGGCCUUUAUCUCAACGGUGCACAUCCGACUAAGAAAGGGAAAGGUAUUAACUGGAGUACCUGGAAAGGAAUUUAUUAUUCAGCCAAAAAAGCUAUAAUGAAGAUACGACCGACUGUGUAA